UCUCCAAGCCCGUUGUUUAGUGAUAUUAGUUAUUUAUUUGUAAUCGAUUUGUAAACUCACGUUGUCUGAUCGAGACUGGCUCACAUUUUCCGGUGUUUAUGGACGCGUUAACAGCUUUUGGCUUGAUUUAUUGGCUGAUCUGCAUGUUCCUCUUUGGACCCAUGAUGUUCUUCGUCUGCGUUUAUCUGCCCGAAGUGCCAGUGCGAUAUGUGAAGAGCCUGAGACAGCAAACAUAGAUCUUUUACACCCUACUUAAUUGUUUAUAAAUAUACACACCUACUAGCACAUAGAAUAUACAAUUUAUACUGAUAUUGAUGUACUCGUAUAAACAAUAUAACAAAGCAUUCUUUACAAUAAAAUCAUUGAUGUGUUA